GUGCAACAUAUCCCCACCUCCGGUGUCAUCAACACGGCCUUCAACACAAGGUUUCUCGUAACACCGUUGUAGAAAGCUGAGCUGGCUUUCCGUCCUUGGAGCCUCGAGCCCAGCUGUACUGUCAAGAGCGACCAAGCCAGGUCAGCAGAGGCCCUCGCAGGAGAAGCGCGCACCGUCAUCAUCCCAGCAAAAGGACCAACCAUGACGAGCAAGCUGCCGCCGCCAUCGGAGAAGCAGCCACCUCUGGGCGACCUGCCCGCGGGGGUCCCGUACGAGGCCAUCCUCACCGCGGUGGGAACACUGGCGGAGCAGUCCCCGUCGGCGGGGGGCGGGGUUUCCGCCACGGGGAGGGUGAACGUGAUCCAGGGGAGGCUGGACGAGAACCCCGAGGCCGGCUUCUUCGGCUUUCUGUCCGUCGAGAACCUCAACGUCCCGCUCGUGUCGACGUCCCGGUCCUCGCGCGUCGGCCCGGGCGUCUACCGCGUGUGCAUCCCGGGCAAGGAGUUCCUGCUCACGCUGGACCAGCGCACGGAGCCCCCGAUCGUCGAGGGCAUGGAGAACGUCCUGCGGUGGUUCACGGCCUUCGAGGGAGAAGAGAUGCCCCGCGGCGUCACGCCCGCCGGUGUCAAGGCCACCGGCGUCAAGGGCGUGAUCGAGAGCGCAGGCGUGGCCGGGGCGGCGAUGAUCAUGCGGGUGGGCGAGGCGCUGAACGCGAGCAUCAAGGAGCGGACCGAGGCAAAGCUGGCGGCGCAGGCCGACCAGCCGGCGAAGAAGGUCAAGCUGGGCGGGGCGGUGACAGCCACCACGCUGACCGGGGCGCGCAAGGUCGUCGGCGCGGGCGCCGGCGUCGCCGCGGCCGUCAUCGACAAGGUGUCCACAGUGGCCGGAAACGCCGUGGCAAACAGCAGCAUUGUGGCGAACUCGCGAGGCGCUCCCGCGGGUUCCACGAGACGCGAGGCCCACGACUUGCUCGUCACUGGGGCGGUGGCGCUCGGCCGAGUCUGGGAAGCGGCAGACGGCCAGGGCAAGCUGCUGCUGGAGUCGACCGGCGAUGGUAUGGGACGGAUCGCGGGAGCCAAGUACGGGUCGGAGGCGGAGCACGCGGCGAGGUCGGCGGGCCAGAUCGGGUUGGACGGGUGGCGCAUCUUCCGCUUCCCGACGAAGCUAGGGGUGACGACGCUCGUCAAGGGCGCCGUCAAGGGCGCUACCGCCGCCGGCUCACAGUCCUCCUCGACGAGCAAUGUGGGGGAGUAUGUCGCUCAGCCUGCACCACCGAACCCCUCCAGUAGCUAGCAACCUGGAGGGAGAAAAAUUGCAACGUGCUGAGCAUGGCGGGCUUGGAAGAUAACCGGGGUAUCUUUUCUUCAGUGCUUGUACCGUCGAAGACUUCCGGGGGCAUGUUUGAGCCAGUUCCCGUCAGCUUGCAAUCGAUACAAUAGCUGCAACGCGUGGCUGCUGGGGUCGACUUCGGCUGGGCGGUAGUUGAUUGCUUCCCUAAGAAACAAGGCGAACAUGCCGUGCUCGUUCGAAGUUUAAGAUGGCCGCUGGUCUUGCCCUACACAACAGUAUCAACAGUAGAAGUAGUGUUGAUUGAAUGGGUGACAUAUAUAUUGUUUCGACGUCUUUCUAGCGAGAGGAGGCGGUAGCAAGUAACGUACAUGUUACGAUUGUUAUCGUGCAGGAUAUCCAGUCUAUUUGUCAGGUAGCCUCUAGAAUGUUUGGGAACCGGGGGCUUGCGAAGCGAGAUACUUGCAAGUGUCAAAUUUGUUUUCCUGUUCUGUGCGAAAGCAUUCGCGCUGGGUAUCUGCGGCUGGCAGGAAGUUGUGUACUGGUCGUGGUAAUGUUUUUUAUGUGGAGGGGAACGAUUGUGAGGCCCUUGAGUGUACGUUUUGUAUUUCCACUUUUGCCUGUGGCCUUUUCUAUGUCCGAUUUUGUUGAGGUAGGAGUGCUUGUCACGAAGUUGAAAGACGCCGGAGGAACCCAUGACUUCCGUCGCCGUCGGAUGCAAGCUUUGUUUUCUUGUUUCGUUGUCCUCGAUACGCCGAAAUAUCUUAGGUAAUUUGUGGAAACGGGUAACGCAUCACUUGCCUGCCUGCUUUUGUCCUUUGAACCGAUUACGUCUAAAGUCGUCGCCAGAAACGUGAAUGGGCACGUCGCCGGGUAUGGCCGUGGUAUGCCUGGCACUAGGGUGUACCGGCACGUCACUGCAUCAGGCAUUUUACGCAGCGCGAUUUUGAUCGAACGAUAGGAAAUCAUGUCUCAUGGGGAACGUGGUUUUGAUUGAGGCCCUUCUUUUUUUCAUGAAAGCCAACGGCACGUGCGUGAUGGGCACCUGUAGAGGCCAGCAGGUGGAUGCUGUGGAUGUGUGCAGUAGACGAAAUAGGAGAUGACUUCCAAGUCAACUUCUGAAUCAGUCGAAUUUUUAGAAGCGCCACCCCUUCCGUCGUUCGACAUCGGAGAACAGCCGUUGUUUGUGUUCCUUGGCCUGGAACGGCACGCUGAUAGCGGAAUGAGUGGAGUCUCCUCUUUGUAGGCCUCCCGCCACUUGCAUACGGCCUGUAACGCUGUGCACAAAAAAACUGUGUUCGCCCCGGGGCUCGUAGGUGUUCUGCUUGUUGCAAAGAUCGCCCCGUUGCCUUGGUUGUAGUCUCAGGAGGAUGGGUCUUCGCGAAACACCGUUCGCCUUCGACGGGGUGUAUUUGUACCGGCAGCUCUCGUACGCCCAGACGCUGAAGAGGGUCGAAUGCCACAGCGUUGAGGCCACGAUCCGACAACGACGCCUACUGUUCGCGGGAGCAUUGGCAAGGCAGCCGGACGGGCGACUCCCGAAACAACUGAUGCUCGGCGACCUGGCAGGCGGGGAGAAGCGACGUAGGGGGGAACAGGAACAGAACUGGCCGAAGUGUGUGCUUGACCUGAAGGCAUUCGGGGCCGACCACGGAUCUACGAAAACCGAUCCAUGUUGUCUCGGAAUCCCGGUACCGAAAGACACGGCACCGAAGUUACAGUGGACGGAAGCCGCGAAGGUGGAGGGAGGAGUACCCUGGCAUGCGGCGGUGCUGCAAGCUGAGAGGUUCAUCNGAUGUACCAUUACAAUGUAUCGCUGGUUGGUGGCCAUGUUUUGCGUGUUUGCUUGUCGUUAGUGGUCUCUCCACCGUGUGCCUUUUUCUGUCUCUUGUUUCUUGUUAUUUUCGGCCUGGUCCAUGUUGUCCUCGCUCUUUUUGUUUCAUUUUCUCUUUCCUUACUGUUUCCUUUUAUUUUCUUCUCUUUUUCUCUUUCCCUCUCUUUUGCUGUGCCGGAUGGCCUUGUUUCUGCUUGCGUUGUGAAGUACCAAGAUUGAAUCAAGAGGGUGUACCUCUUUCUCUCCGGCCCGUGAUGGUGACUCCUCUGGUCUCAGUUGUUAUCUUGCAUAGCGCGUNAUUUUCUCUUUCCUUACUGUUUCCUUUUAUUUUCUUCUCUUUUUCUCUUUCCCUCUCUUUUGCUGUGCCGGAUGGCCUUGUUUCUGCUUGCGUUGUGAAGUACCAAGAUUGAAUCAAGAGGGUGUACCUCUUUCUCUCCGGCCCGUGAUGGUGACUCCUCUGGUCUCAGUUGUUAUCUUGCAUAGCGCGUAGAGGGAGUGGAGGACUCCAGAAUAUCUGUCGCUGAUUUCUAUUGACUUGCGGGCCCCUCGGGGCCAUUAUAUUUGAGUGCACCUUUUUUAGGAGAGAGAUCGGAACGGUUUAAAUGUGAAAACAACAAUUUGUAGGUAGUCCGAAAAGUCCUUCCGGCGAUUUCCGUGCCUGUUAUUUUUUUCUGUUUGCUAUUUUUUCGCAGCUUCUUUCCUGGUUGCUGUGAUCUCGCAGCUUCUUUCUCCACGAAGGACCCAAGUUGCACCCAUUGUAAACUUUUCCUGCGUGUCUUUCCUUCAUGGAUACGUGAACGUUUUAUCGCACAUCAAGGAUGAUGGUGUAAACACCCGAC